UUGCUCAGAGCCCCCUCUGAGGAGCUGGUAUGGAGAAGACAGGGAGAGACCUCCUGCUGGAGGCCCUGGAUGAUCUUGGGGAGGACGAUUUCAAGAGAUUCAAGAACAAGCUGCGAGCAGCCCGGCAGGAGGAGUGGUACAAAGCCAUCUCCUGGCGCCAGCUGGAGAAGGGGGACCCCGUGGAUGUUAGCAACCUGCUGAUCAGUCACUAUGGGGAGCGCUAUGGGGUGGAGGUGACUGUGCAGGUGCUAGGAGACAUCAACCAGAGAGACCUGGCAGAGAGGCUCAGCAGAGCUGAUCUUUUAAGACGGAAGCAGAACUCAGACACUCCAGAAGCGCCAGAUCUGGGGGAAGAAGUUGAUUUUCAUCCAGAGCAGGAAUCAGAGACUCUGGGACACCCAGAACCAGAGGAAAGAGACAUUUCCCAAGCGAGAAGACGAGCCACACAGGGAGUUCUGGAGAAGUUGAACUUGGAGCAAUACAGAAGCAGGCAGCUCAGACUGAGGGAUCUCCAGGAGAUCAGCCCAGAGAGCAGAGAGACCUGGGUUCCUAUGACAUUAGGGGAUUUACCUUGGCAUUUCCUGAGGAAAGUCAUGGCUCUGAAUGGGACGGCCAGAAACACAAGGCUUGUGCAUGGGGCAACUGGUGAUCAGGAGACCAAUGAGGAGCAGGAAGUACAUAUUGAUUACAAUAAUCUUUCGCUGAGUAACAUGGACAGUAGCAGUUCUCUGAACCCCCUCGAUGUUCUCUGUGCCGUGCUGCUUUGCUCAGACAGUUUCCUGCAGCAGGAGAUCCUGUCCAGAAUGUCCCUGUGCCAGUUUGCCCUCCCUCUGCUGCUACCCGCCCUCGACACCCCCAAGUGCACCCUACUGCUGUGGGCCAUGAGGGACAUUGUGAGGAAGUGGAGGCCGCACUCCCUGGCAGAAAGCAGAGGGUUCAGAGAGGAGAGCCUGGUGCUCACGUCAAUGCCAACCAUUUCCUUUGUGCGGCUGGGGAGCUGCAGCUUCUCCAAGUCCAAACUCCUCAAUGACAUUCUGAGCCUUUCGCAGCAGCACCAUGAUUUCUUUGUCCAUCGGGACAUGGAGUCUGGGAACGUCCCUCGGGAAAUCGCAGAUGGGCUGGUCGAGAUUUCCUGGUAUUUACCAGCUGGGAAGGAGAGCUCAGAUCUUUUCCCAGAACCCAUCGCAGUUACAAACCUGCACGGAGACAUUGAGUCGCAUUGGCUGCAGUUCAGCUUUUUAACAGAGGUCUCCUCAGCAGUGUUCAUAGUUACUGAGAGCAUCAACGAGAGACAAUACGCGCUGUUAUCAUCUCUGCAGGGAUCAGCUACUAAAUACUACUUCCUCUUUAACUGCAAGAUUGAGAAACCCGAGGAGACCCUGGGAUUCCUUUAUAAAUUAGAGUCGGUGCUGAAACUAGACAAACUAAGUGUGCUAAUGAGAGAGAACACCCUAAAUCAUGCUCAGUUUGUGGAGAAGCUGCAGUUCACCAUUGGAAGCCUAACGGAGUCCUCCCUCAAAAGAACCUCCGUAGCAGACACGGCUGCGACAGCACGAGAAUUAGGUAUCCAGGUGGAUGAGGACAGUGAGGAAUGCCAAAGCGCGAGCAAACGGGUGGCAGGAAUCACUGCGGAAAUAAAGGACGUGGCAAAGUACAAAAGGGAAAUGUUGAGACUCCCAGAGGAUCGGUGCAAAAAGUUGGCCGAGGCGGAGAACAAGCUGUGCCGAAUGCAAUGGCAAGGGGACGCUGCCACUGGGUUCCAGGCAUCUCAGCAAAGAAAGGAAUGGUUGGACUUACAGGCUAAAUGUGAGCUUACUGAUGGGAUGGUCAAGUUUAUUACUGGGCUAGGAAAACUCUCUCAAGUGGAAACACACUUCUUCCUAAAGUGGAUGAAAUACCGUCUGGGUCAUAUUGCUCAGAGCAAUCUCUCCAGCCUGCAGGCAGACUCUAAGGAGAAAUGUCAUGCUAGAGGGGAUGAUCCUCAGCAUAGAGCAGAACUGCAUGAACCAAUUUCCUCCACUUCCUUAGGAGUUGAGCAUUUCAUGCGUGGGUUGGGGCAGUUUUAUGAAGCUGAAUGUGCAAUGGUGAAGGAAGGAAAAAAGCUAAAAACCCAAAGGCAACUCAUCCAUCUCCCAGACAUAGCAGCUGACCUAAUGCUGGAAGGGUUUCCUCUAGAACUGAUCGAUGGAGAUGUAUCCAACAUCCCACUGCAGUGGGUGACAGAUGUUCUGACUGAGCUCCAUGCCAAGCUGGGGGGAAGGUCCAGAAUGCUGGUUAUAACAGUGCUGGGAGGACAGAGCACUGGGAAAUCCACCCUCCUCAACACCAUGUUCGGCCUGCAGUUUGCAGUGAGCAGUGGCCGAUGUACACGAGGAGCCUUCAUGUCACUCAUUAAAGUGGCAGAGAACUUUCGGCGGGAACUGGACUGUGAUUUCCUCCUGGCAAUAGACACAGAAGGCUUGAAAGCCCCCGAACUGGCCAAGUUGGAGGACAGUUAUCAACGUGACAAUGAGCUGGCCACACUGGUGAUUGGACUGAGUGACAUAACCAUCGUUAACAUGGCCAUGGAGAAUGCCACUGACAUGAAGGGUGUUCUGCAAAUUACGCUAGAUACACUUCUGAAAAUGAAGAAAAUCAAGCAACAUCCAAACUGCCAGUUUGUGCAUCAGAACGUCAGUGAUGUGUCCGCACAUGAACAAAACGCGGGAGACAGGUAUCAGCUCCUGGAGCCGCUGGAUGAAAUGACCAUAGCUGCAGCUUGUACAGAAAAAGGAAUCAGGAAAACGAAAUUUCCUGGCAUUAUAUAUAAUGAUGCAGAGAAACACAAUUGGUACAUCCCUGGCUUGUGGCAUGGAGUCCCUCCCAUGGCUCCAGUGAACAUGAGAUACAGUGAGAGUGUGUUUGAGCUAAAGAAAUACCUGUUUGAAUUCAUGAGACGAUACUCAUCUAAUAGACCCCUUAAGGACAUCCCCCAGUAUAGUGAAUGGGUGAGGAGCUUGUGGAACGCUAUAAAACAUUCAAAUUCUACCUUCAGCUUGAGAAAUAGCUUUGUGGCUCACACUUAUAACCAGCUGUUUGCAAAGUAUUCUGAAUGGGAAUGGGAUUUCCGCAAGGAGAUGCAUCUCUGGGGGUCUGAGCAAGAAACUUUUAUCCAGAAUCAGCCUCAAGCUGAAUUAGACCAUGUGGCUUUAAGUAGGUUAAAAGAUGAAACUUGGCAGAAACUGCAGCAAGAAGAACGGAGGCUCUUGGAUUGUUUGCAAAAAUACAUUGAAAGUGGAGCUGCAAAUGUGCUUCUGACAGGGAAGUACAGGGAAGAUUUAAUCAGGAGCACCAAUGGCCUGACGAAAGAACUCAGACGGUAUUGGUUCAGAAAGUGUGAAGAAGCACUUGACAGUCAAAGCAGCCCAGAGAGAUUGAACCAUCAGAUCCAAGGCAUGAACAUGAAAACAAUGAAAGGGAAAGCGGACGGUCUGUUGGGACACUGCAGGAAAAGGAACCUUUCCUCGGAAAGGGACCCCUUUCAAAAGGGGAUCAGGAUAUUCUGUGAGGAGUGUCUGAGGCCUGCCCUGGUGGAUUAUGUUAAUAGGAUGCUUGGUAUAAAAAUAGUGGGCAAUUUUCUCAACAGUGCACAGGCGAUUGGAUAUGGCAAUCGGAGCAUCUUCCAGUUUUGGUUGCUGAGCAGACUCCUGAAGGAGAUGAACUUUGAUGGUUAUGUGAAAUAUAUUAAUAACUACCAAGAGUUUGCCAAAACUUGGAUAUGGACACACCUGCUAGAUCACUACAAAGAGACUAGGGGCGUGGAAGAUUUGGAGAGAGAGCUUCUGUCCACAGUAAUAAAGAAAAUCAUGGAUGCUCUGGAGAACUCCAAGACUCAGACUGACUUUUUAGGCAGCUUUUUCAAAUAUUUGCAGAGGGAUCUUGUAAUGUCCAGGGACAGCUUAGCCAGAAUGCAGCUUCUUAUCACAAAAAACUCAAACCAGUUUCCCAAUGCUGUUCAAGUCUUUCUGCGUGCACUUGAGCAAGUCUUUCUGCCUGCACUUGAGCAAACAAUCUUAUCUCAGUUUAAAGACUUGGAUGUAGAGUCUAAGCUCUCCAGCCUGCCUCUGAAGCCCGAAGAGGAGAUCUGGAAGCGCGUGUUUGGCUGUGGGAAAUGCUGUCCAUUCUGCAAAGUCCCCUGUGAAGCGGAAGGCACCAAUCACAAAAUUCAUUUUGCAUCAGUCCACCGGCCUCAAGGGCUAAUGAAACCCAAGAGAGUCUUCUUACCCUGUUUGGCACAUGGCCCAAAACUUGACCAUUCUCCGUGCUAUUCCGGAUGGCUUAUCAGGGAUUCCCACGUCCACGUAGGUUACCGCCAUUGUUUUUGCGAAGAUAACAAUGUCUUGCGCUGUCAUUCUCCAGCAGAUUCCAGCUACAAAACUUCCAACUAUUGGAAGUUUGUUUUCAAGGAGUUCAACCAACAGUUUGCUAGAGAGUACGGUGCUAAACCAGCUGAUCUGCCCAGGGACUGGGGUAAUAUAACCCAAGAGCAGGCACUGAAAAGUUUAGAGGAAGCUUUUAAAGGGGCAAUCUCAGUGCCAGGUCAAAACUGGCUCCAGGCUGUACAAAAGAAACCUAAGAUAUUUCCAUGAAACAUAUUAAAUAUACUAAAUCUGCUGCUGUAGUGUUUGCAUCUGGAAUGCUGCUGCUGAGUUUACCUCACACUAAAUCAUUGGCUCAUUGUCCCCCUCUAGUGGUUGGAGUAGAUGUAGACAUCGAUGCAUCUGCUCCUGCCUUUAAGUUACUGGAGCCAGUCUUUUGCCUCAGGCAGUAUAGACUCAGGUUUUGAG